AGCCAUAAAGAGCCGACAGUGACGGACCAUGGAAGUCGACCUACAACAUGUACGUCCCGAACAAGCCAGCAAUCAACUUCUUCUGAAAUCUUCCGCUGUGGAACGACAAACAUGGCAGCCAAUAACAGAAUGUCUUUAAAACGUCGAACUGAUUAUGGAAAUGCUAUAAGAAAAUUCGUCUCCCGACCAAGUUCGGCUCAUGACUUUUUCGAACAAUUAGAAAAACAGAAACGUUAUGAAAAUAUAAGAAAACGUGCUCAGUCUGCUUUGGUACGACCUGGAGAACGUUUUGCAAGAUAUCAUUCAACACCUUGUCCAGACGCACAAGGAUCAUCUGCAACAAAAACGCAUGGAGGGACGCUAGCCCGACCAGUGACUGCACCUGUGACAGGCAGGGUUUCGGCACUUUCUACAAUUCGUGGUGGGUCCCCUGAGAAGGUAAACGCGACUCCAGCUGCGUUUUCUCAAAUACCUCAUUUUCUUACAGAAAAGGAGAGAGGAACGUUAAGGAGCACAGUUGACAACAUUGCGGAUAAGCCACCGAAACUCCCCAUAAGAAAGAAAAUCUUGAUCGAGACGCCAAAUGAUUAUGUUAUUCCUGUAUUCCAGUCAGUAAAUAUUAAAGGUGCACCGCGCAUGUAUUACAA